CUACAACUCAGCAGUGACUCCCAGCCUCGAGCAAGCGAAAAACUUGUUGCAAGGCAGAGUGAUCAAUCCAUCUCACGAAGGAUCUUCACGGAGUAUAUACUUGGCAAUCUACUCAAUUUUCGGGAGGUCUCGUGAGGGACACACAACUCGUAUCAGCCUCUCACCCCAACCAAGCCUCCGACGACAUUGACCUCCCCGGCCCGACGCUUGGAUCUCCUUUGGCUCAACCACGAUCGCCAUCUCAUAAGCAAUGUCCCGAUAUCGUUCUGACCCUCGAUAUUCUGAGGGCAACCUUGCUUAUCGCGAUCCUCCACCACAACGAUGGGAUACCGACCGCUUUGUGCGGGAACGAGAAAUCCGUGCCCCUCCCGUCAUCGACCAGCGUCCUCCCUACGACUAUCCUCCUCGUCGAGCGCCCGCCUACGAAGAGCAGCAAUACUAUGAGCAGGAUCGCUAUGGCCCUCACGGUGCCUCCGAGCGCAGAUAUUUCGAGGAAACUGACUACUAUGACCCCCGGGCUCAAAGGGGUCAGAUGGUCCCGUACGCUCCUGAACGUCUGCCUCGCCCGGAAGCGCCCCCGAGACCUGGUAUUCUCCGUCGGCAGUCCAGCCUAGACACGUUCGAUCGUCGCCCCUUGCGUCGUCACGAUGACUAUGAGGACUUCUACAGACAGCAGAGACCAAAUCCAGUGCGCGAACUCAUCCCUGUACGAGCGCCGUCGCCAAAGAGAACAUACCCGAGAUACGACGAGCGCAUCUAUGAUGAUAUUCGUGUACAGGAUCCUGAUUACUACGGAGACGAUGGCUUUCGUGAAUAUCGUGAACGAGAAUGGGUGGCUCGAAGAGGCAGGCAUAGCCCAUCACCUGACAGACGCACAGUCAGGGAGGAGAUCAUUGAGAAGGAAGAGAUCAAAGAAAUCAAAGAAGAGAAACCAUAUCCACGACGUGGUAAGACUCGCAUGCCAAAACGUCUCGUGCACACCAAGGUUCUCUACGAUUUGGGUUACCCGUAUUAUGAAGAGGACGAGCGCACUAUCAUCAUCGAAAAGGCUCUUGGACCGGACAAUAUUGAUGAGAUCUUUGCAAUGAGCAAGGAGUAUCGUGAGCGAGAAGUGACAACUACUCGACUUAUCGAGGCUCCCCCUAGUGCCCGCGGUGAUCUGGUCUUCGAAAAGACCGAAAAGACCGAAAAGAUUGAGGAAGUCAAGACUCUCCCUCUGGCAGAUGCUCCACGAUCUGUUCGCGACUGGGAUGGACUGUCAGUUCGUUCCCCAUCCCCGAGAUCUCACCGAUCUCAUUCUCGAAGGCGAUCCAGACGUGGAUCGUCACCUGGUGUGAUCAAAGAGACCAUCGUGGAAAAGAAGGAGGUGGUCAAGGAAGUAUCCCCUGCCCGGACGCAUCGAUCUCGACGCAGAGGAUCUUCGGUGAGCGAUGAGACGACUUUUGUCGAAAGGAAGAUCAUUCGAGAGGGCAUCGAUGAUGACUCAAACUCUGUUCAUGUCGGACCGUUGGCACUCGUUGUGGACAGAAAUCCACCUCGCAGCGACCGCGACAUCAAAGAGGAAAUUCGACGGCUCGAAGCAGAGCGCCGGGCGCUGCGCCGAGAACGUCGCUAUGAGCGUGAAGCUGGCACCGAGAUCAUCAAGGUUGAACGGACGCGGGACAGAUCCCCAUCGCCUCACGGCGAGGUCAUCAUCGAGAGACGAGGCGACGAGAUUCUGGAAGUCAAGAAAGACCGGAGAGGUAGGAUGUCACUCGUGGCAAAGUGAAAAAGUAACAAUGUUCCUGAUGGCAAUCUCCAGGUCGCUCACGCUCGGCUGCUCCCAGUCCCGGCAUCAUCAAGGCCAUGAUGGCCACACUCACCUAAAAGUCACGACGACAUGUGGCAAUACUGAGGUGGACAUCCAUUUUUCUCUUUCUGGGUGAAGGGGUUGGAACAUAAUACAAACUGCCCGCGGAGUUCACUUGCAAGCCAUGGCAAUACAUUCCCUUUGGAGGUGGAGAAGCACCGACCCUGGUCAACAUCAAGAGUGAUUCAUGGUUUGGAUGGAUGUGUUGGAGCCCAAUUUUUAUUUUGACAUGUCAAGUACGAACACAAGGCGAAGAUGACAUUGAAACGACUCGCGAUGGAUAGCAACAAUGGACGAAUUCCUUUUUACGAUAUAGCGGAGGAGUUUUUGAAUCGUUUCAAUUUUUUUGGGAUAAGUAGACUGGAUGAUAUACAGAUGACACCUUUUGCAUGAUCAUUUUACUAUUUUAGUUUGGUCAUGAUGUAUCUCUCGAUCACACAUCGGGCCUAGGUACGGAGCAAUUGAGGUGGGCAUUUACGGAGUACUGUAGACAGGUUGAUGUAGCAUUCGCGUCGCAACAGCCCUCUGAC